AUGGCUAGUGAUCAGCGUAUGCCAAACCAAGGGAAGAAAGCGCAACGUAGAAGUCUACGAAUCGCAAAGACUAAAUCUCAGAAGGGCACUGAACAGCAAGCUCGAUAUUCAACGAAGCAAGAGAAUCAAGCCGUCACGACGAGAAAGCAAACUCUAGAUCCCAAGAACCAUUUAUCAACCGAACGGCCAAUGAAGCGCCUGCAAAUUAGAAAUCUUCCUCAGACGACGUCUGACUCCCUUCCGCAGGCGGAGAAACAAAAGCGACCUCGAGGAGACGAAGUGUCACCCUCCUGCGCUCCGCCCGAGCCGCUUUCAAAACGAAUACGAACAUCUACAGCUUUAGUCGACAAGCUAUCCAGGUGGAAGACAAUUAGCGAGGCUCGGAUUGACUACUGGAGGGAGUACAGAACUUGGCCGACAGAAGAACAAGAGAAGACAAUAGAUCGUUUUCGAGAUCUAGUCGGUCAUGCGCUCGCCAAAAAAAGUUCGGGUUCGCUUGGCCGCAAACGUUCAAACGCCAGCUUGAAUACGGAAACAGCCCCAACACAAACCUCAAGCAACCUACCGCGGGAGCAGAAGAGUGUCCCAUAUAGACAUCCGCUGUUCGAAGAUCAACUUAAGAAUUAUAGCAGCUUUAUGGAUGACUACAAGGACGGCGUUACCGUUCAAAGCUCAAAGCUUUGCCAAACGCUCCUGGAAGCGCCACAACCACCACCUGCACAUACUUUUUUUUCUGAUACUGAUCUGUUUAAGAAGACCUGCAAAAGAAUUAGGGGCGAGAACGAGACCAAAGUAAUCCGCUAUAUUUCACCGCUUAUUGUUCCUUCAGCUGAGAUACUGGCCGAUAUGGGAGCCGAACACCUCGAAAUGCUCAGAGAGACUACUAACGCUUGCUGGACCAAUGCCAUCCCUUUCAUUAAACCUCCUCCUGGUUCUCAUCCUGGUCCUCGCCCGCAGCCAGACUUUGGCGUUGGAUUCAAGAAAGAUGCAUUCAAUCGAGAACAACUUCAAAAGCUGCAGCCUUUUAUCGGCAAUCCGCUUACAGAUUCCUCCUUGGUUGCAGCUACGUACAAUAUGUAUCUUCCGUUUCUUACCAGCGAAGUAAAAUGCGGAGCAUCCGCACUUGACAUCGCUGAUCGACAGAAUGCCCAUAGCCAAAGUGUGGCGUUACUUGGUUUGACAACACUUUUCCGCCUUGUAGGCCGAGAGAACGAACUACAUCGGGAAAUCAAUGGCUUUUCAAUCUCUCAUAGCGAUGAGUACGUAAGGAUUUGGGGCCAUUAUGCUGUUAUCAACGGAAGAGAUAUUACUUUCUACCGACAUCCAAUUACCAAGUUUGAUAUCUCACCGACUGCGGAGGGCGAUCAAAGAUGGAAAGCAUACACUUUUGUCCGGAACAUCUACGAUUUAUGGCUUCCUGAACACUUCAAAAAAAUCUGCUCCGCCAUCGACAUGUUACCGGCGAAGUUCCCGAUCUGUGUGAACCCCCAGAUCAGGAGCUGGCUUCACCACGCUCAGGACUGUCCCAGCAACUUGAUGAUUACAGUUUAA